AUGGCUUAUUUGCCCUCACACCCAAGAGUCCUUUUAGCUGAUCCUGAGAAAACCCUUUCACCCGAGAUUGAGUUUUUCAGCUCUGUUGGGCUCUCAAGGGUGGACCUUGCUAGAGUUCUUAGUUUUAAUCCACAUCUGUUAUCAAGAAGCUUGGAGAAUCAGAUUGUGCCCUCUUAUAAUUUCCUCAGGAAUAUGAUUUCCCAGGAGAAUGUUGUGGCGGUUUUGAAGCGCAGGUCUUGGAUGUUCUUGGAGAAUCAUUCCAGGAAUGUGAUGCCCAAUAUUGAGGCUUUGAGAGAGUUGGGUAUGCCCAGAGCAUGCAUUUCUCUGUUGCUUGCUCAUGACACCCAAGUGUUGAUGCACAAUCAUGAUGAGCUUGUUCAUCUUGUGAAUGAGGUCAAGGGGAUGGGAUUUGAUUUGAAGAAGUCAACUUUUGUUGUUGCACUGAGAGCAUUGUGUGGGAAGAGCAGUAGGGCCAUAUGGAAUCUAAAUCGCGAGAUUUACAAGAGGAGUUGGGGUUGGUCUGAUGAUGAUGUUAUCUCUGCUUUUAGGAAGAGCCCUCAGUGUAUGAUUUUGUCUGAGAAGAAGAUUAUGCAGACAAUGGAUUUUCUGGUGAAUAAGAUGGGAUGGUCUGCAUCAAUGAUUCCCACAUAUCCUAUAAUUCUGUGUUUCAGUUUGGAGAAUAGGAUCAUCCCGAGAUGUUCGGUUGUCAAAGUUUUGAUGAAGAAAGGAUUGGUAGAUGAAAAAUUGAGUCUGGCUGAUAGACCUGAGGAGAUGCCUUCUUCUCUAUAUCACUAUGCAAUGGCAACUACUAGUACUGCAGUUUUCUUUGCAUUGUUGAUCUUAUUGUGUGCAGGAGGAUAUGUUGAGGCUCAGCUGACCCCGACGUUCUACAAUGAAGCAUGCCCCGAUGUGAAUCUCACUAGCAUUGUCCGUGGAGUCAUUCAGGAAGCUUUGCAGACGGAUCCACGUAUCGCUGCAAGCCUCAUUAGGCUUCACUUCCAUGAUUGCUUUGUCAAUGUAACUAACUAG